GGGCGCCGCUGGUUUACUGUUUUCCUGUAGCCGCUGAAACUGUGGCUUCUUCGGUGGUGACUCGGUAGCUUGUUCGUCUUGUUGUUAGGCAGGUUGUCAGGGGCAGCGCAUAUCAGUUAGCUAACACCGGAUUAAGGACUUUGCUAAUGAUGACACGAUUAUUUAUGAAAGAAAACGACUGUCAGGACACCUGCUUCUUCGCCCUAAACUGGAUUGUUACUUUUGAUAACAGCAGCAGAGGCGACAGCGUCGGUAUCUAUCGACAUAGCCAGGGGUUUGCAGCGAUCUUGUCCCGUAGCUUGCUAACAUCAAACAGCCAAAUUUUUGGACGGGCCUAAUUUCAUAGACGUUUGCUGUAACGCGACCCAGUAAAUACUUCCAGCUCUACGUUGCUGUUAGAUUUGCAGUCCAAAAAAAAAAAAAAAAAAAAAUGGAAGACGUUCAGGGAAAUUUAGUGGAGCAGGACGAGUCCGAUGGCUGCGACAAACCAUCAGGGUUACCUUUCAAUCCCAGGCUUCGCUCCACUCGACUGCAGAUCCAGAGGAGCAGUGUCUGCUCUCGGGCAUAUUUCGUGGUGGUCAUGGUUUUCUUUCAUGUGUACAUCCUGAAUGUCAUCGCCUUGCUGCUCUACGUGCACUACAACAAUGGCCCCGGGGACCUGGUCAGUGGAGACGAAAGCUCCUCGCCUCCGGUCAGGGACAGUGAAAGCAAUUUACCCCAUCCUGCUCCAACUUCAAGAGAGCUACACGUGGAGGACUACAGCCAGAGUUUCCGUCUUCCUCGGAUUGAGGGGAUACGGGUUGGACAUGUUCAGCAGGUGUCCCUUGUCCCUGACAGAACACAUGAGAUGAAGACACUCAGCCUGAAGCCUCUGCUAUUUGAAAUCCCUGGCUUCCUAUCAGAAGAGGAGUGCCGUUUGGUGGUGCAGCUGGCUCAGCUUAAGGGGCUGAUGGACAGCCAGACGACACCACCCAGCCAGGGACAAGAGGAGUCAAACCAGCCACUGCUUACUCUCAGCACAGAAGAGGUCUUCAGCUUGUUGGACUUAAACCAAGAUGGGUUCCUUCAGAAGCAAGAGAUUGUGAGUCAUUCACGUUCUCAAGAUGGAACUUGGUUGAGUCCAGACAAUUUGCGGCAGAUACUGACCAGCCUGGAAGCGUGCCCAGAAGGGAUGCUAACCUUAGGAGACUUCAGGCGUGUUUAUGAUGUAUCUCAACGUCCAGGACGACAGCGCAUCGGGAAGCUCCAUAGUCAGUUCAAACAGAGAAGCAAACAUACCUGGCUCUACCAAGGCCCAGGGUCUCACCAUGUGUUGCACACACUCAGGAACAGAGUAAUCAGUUUGACACGUCUGCCCUCUGCGUUGGUUGAACUGAGCGAACCGCUGCAGGUGAUACGCUACGAGCACGGAGACUUCAGUCACGCUCACCACGACAGCAGCCCCUCCCACUCGGAGACGACCUGUGCUCACACACGACUGGCAGGAAACACAUCUGCUCUCACAGAGGUCUCCUGCAGGUAUCUUACUGUGUUAUUCUACCUCAGCUCUACAGAGGAAGGUGGUGAAACCACCUUUCCUGUGGCAGACAAUCGUACCUAUGAGGAGCAGGCACUGGUCCAGAAUGGAGUUGAUUUGACAGACACCCAAGAGACAUGCGGCAGAGGGAAUCUGAGAAUAAAACCUACUGCCGGGACAGCUGUUCUCUGGUACAACCAUCUCUCUGAUGGUAGAGGUUGGAUGGGUGAGUUAGAUGAGUAUUCCCUGCACGGUGACUGCCCAGUCAGGCGUGGGGUGAAGUGGGUGGCCAACAGCUGGGUGAAUGUGGACCCAGAUUACCAGCAACAGGCUCGCUACCAGAGACUAGUUGCCCAGAGACAUCAAGCCAAGUCAGGCAUGGAGGACCAUUACCAGUCUCUCUCGCACAGCGACCUACAUCAGGACCUUUAGCCAGGUGUUUUGAAGGACAAGACGAAACAACCAACAUUUUAAAACGGAGUCAGUGAGGUGGGGCACACUUUUCCUUAUCGUCAGAUGUUACAGUUGAAAGGAAAUUUGCACAAAACACCAUCACAUAUCUUCUCCUUUCAGUAAGCUUGCCCUGUAAGUUUGGUGAAUUUUAUUCCAGAUUUUAAGUAUAGUAUUAUGAAGUCAGCUUAAUGGGUUUCUUAGAAUUAAUUAAAGGUUUAGCAGCUUCAAUGCCAUUCUCUAUUAAAUUGCGCCUUAAAAAAUGUCACAGAUUUUACAGUAACAGAUAGUAACAGUAUAUGGAUGCGUAUGCUGUCAUGUGUAAACCAGUUUACCCGCCUUCCAUUUAGUUUUCAUUAAGCAUCUGCCUUAGUUGCAGGUUAAUGCUUUUUAUUAUUAGGGAAUUAAAGCCUUUUGUUACAAGCCAUACCACAAUAUUCAUAUGUGAAUGUGUUCCUGGCGGAAUUUCUUGUGUGUCUGUUUGGUUCUUGAGUUUCCAUUGUUAAUGAGCUUUAAUCAUGAUGUGUUAUUUAAUAGGGCUGUGCAAUACCUGCUGCAAUUAAGAACUCAUGUAGAAUGGACAAAGUGAUGGUUUGUUACUCUGGCUGUGUGAGGCCGGUCCAACUUAGGUAUUUAGUAUGCCAACCUUUAUGUUUGUUUUUAUCACGUCACAUAUUUAUUUGUCAGAGGCUAUUUAUUUAAAUGUUAUUUAUUGCCACCAAAUGGCAAAUUAAUUUAACAUAAUGCAUAUUUAUAACGGCUUGAUGUUGCACUGAAUCUAUCAUUGUGUUUUAUUGUAUUUGUUAUAUGUUAUGAAAUAUACAAAGAAAUGUUUUAUAA